AUGGCCUCUGAUGGGAGCAGAAGACAGUCACGAGUCGAUCCCGACCGCCUGCAACUUCAAAACACUUCAGAGACCACCAAAACAGCACAUGCAUUACCUACGCCUGGGACCAACCCACCGGCCCAGCAUCCAUUUCCUCAUAUCUUGGACGAUGGCAUCACGGAGCUAUGGUGCCCAAGUGAUCCUGCGCAGAUCGUCGCGGAUAUCUACUUUGUCCACGACCUGAUGGGACACCCCUUCAAGACGUGGUGUCACUCAAAGGCAGCACCGUCACAAUACCAGCGGGCUGAUACAGGGUCAAGAAGACAUGUGCUUUCGAAGAUACUUGGCCGGAAACAUGAAGCGCCACAGCAGACAACUCUGAUGGAAGCCCUCGAUUUCACGAACAGGUGCAGUCGCGAACAACAACUGAGUGACCUCGACACGCCGGAGAAAACAUUCACCUGGAUCUGGGAUACACCUUUCAAAACUUGGCUUGAGCACGAUAGCUCUAUCUUCUGGAUAUAUGAGAAGCCGGCUUCCGGGAAGAGCACACUCCUGAACUACAUUCGCAACGCCGGGAUACCCGCAAGAUAUUGA